AUGGCCAGCAAGGCGGUCAAGGAUAUGGCGCGUACAACCCUUACGGACAAGCCGGCAAUCCUUACUCUCAAGGGGGCUACGAAGGUGGCCAGGGCUACAAUGAUCAGCCUGCAUACGGCGGCGACAGACCACAAGCGCAAGAGCAAGGAGGUAGCUAUUACGCUGAUGAGGAACAUCGUACUGGUGGUACUGGAGGUCCCGGUGGAUAUGGUACGGAUCACUCCUUUGGUCCUCUUGUAUACUUUGAUUCCCGGCUAA